UAUUCUAGGUGAAUGUGUGUGAUCAUUUUUUUUUUCAGGGACAACUGUACAAAAUGGGUUCGCGCGCGUAACGUGGCGUCAUCAUCGCUCGCGUCACAAAUAAAGAGUGAAAGUAAUGUUCAGAGCUUCGCCAUGUAAAAUCGAAUAUCGGUUCUUUACAAUACGGAGUCUCAAAGUAUUUAAUGAAAAUGAAUUUACUUGUAGCUACUUGAUAGAAAAGGAAGAUUUGUGAAUCUGUAUGUAAUUAAAUGUUGAUCAAGGAUCCGUUCAGCUGAAUUAUUGUGUUUAUGUCAUUUCCAUCCGGAGAUCAGAUUGUGUUGAAGCUGUUUAACUUCAUCAUGAACGACACACAAACAUCUAGAGAUGAAGAUUUUUCUCCAGGAUGCAGUUCAGUUGAUCAGAAGAGAUCAGAACCAGAGUCCAGCUGUGUGUCUAUGAGGAGUGACGUGUCUAUGGGUCAUCCGGAUAAUUUUAAGAGUGGAGAUACACAGACUGUUCUCAGUUCUGUUCAUCAGAAGAGAUCAGAACCAGAGCCCAGCUGUGUGCCAAUAGAUAAGAGUCGAGAUACACAGACUGAUGUCAGCCAUGAAGUCCUCAACAGGUUUAGAUCAAAUCUGAAGAAGAAGUUUGAGUGUCUGCAUGAGGGAACAGCACAGCAGGGAAACCCAACACUCCUGAAUGAGAUCUACACAGAGCUCUACAUCACAGAGAGUGAGAGUGGAGAGAUCAGUAAUGAACAUGAGGUGAGACAGAUUGAGAUACAAUCCAGGAGAGCAGCAACAGAGGACACACCGAUCCAAUGCAAUGACAUCUUUAGACCUUUACCUGGACAAGACAAACCCAUCAGAACUGUGCUGACAAAGGGAGUCGCUGGCAUUGGAAAAACAGUCUCUGUGCAGAAGUUCAUCCUGGACUGGGCUGAAGGGAAAGAGAAUCAGGACGUCCAGCUCAUAUUUUCACUUCCUUUCAGAGAGAUCAAUUUGAUGAAGGACAAAACACUCAGUCUUUCAGAUCUUCUUCAUGUCUUUUUCCCUGAAACAAAAGAAAUGGAAAUAUCCAGUGACAAAUAUAAAGUGUUGUUCAUCUUUGAUGGUCUGGACGAGUGUCGUCUGUCUCUGGAUUUUCAGAGCGAUGUGAGGUUGUGUGAUGUAAGUGAAUCAGCCUCAGUGGACGUGCUGCUGAUGAACCUCAUUGUGGGGAAUCUGCUUCCCUCUGCUCUCAUCUGGAUCACCUCCAGACCAGCAGCAACUGAUCUCGUCCCCUCUGAGUGUGUCCAUCGAGUGACAAAGAUACGAGGCUUCAAUGAGCCACAGAAGGAGGAAUACUUCAGGAAGAGAAUCAGUGAUCAGAGUCUGGCCAAUACAAUCAUCUCACACCUGAAAUCAUCAAGGAGCCUUGACAUCAUGUGCCACAUCCCAGUGUUCUGCUGGAUCUCAGCCGCUGUUCUAGAGAAGAUGUUGAGCGAAGCAGAGAGUGGAGAGAUUCCCAAGACUCUCACUCAAAUGUACACACACUUCCUGAUCCUUCAGACCAACAUCAAACAUGAGAAGGACUAUGAGAAGAACGUGACAGAUGAAGACAUGAUCCUCAAACUGGGGAAAGUGGCUUUUCAGCAGCUUAUGAAAGGCAAUGUGAUCUUCUAUGAGGAAGACCUGAGAGAGUGUGGCAUUGAUGUGACAGAAGCAUCAGUGUACUCAGGAUUGUGCACUCAGAUCUUCAGAGAGGAGUUUGGCUGGUAUCAGGAGAAAGUCUUCAGCUUUGUUCAUCUGAGCAUUCAGGAACAUCUAGCGGCUCUAUAUGUGCACCUCUAUUUUAUAAAGAACAGCUCACAGGUCUUCUCUAGUGUGUUCUCUGACCUCUCAAUGUUUUUCACAUAUACUUUAUCUGACCUACAUCAGAGAGCUGUGGAUGAGGCUCUAGAGAGUAAAAAUGGACAUCUGGACCUUUUCCUGCGGUUUCUUCUGGGUCUGUCAGUGGAGUCUCAUCAGAUUCUCCUACAAGGACUAAUGAAACAGACGAGAAGCAGAUCUGACAGUAAUGAGAAAACAGUUGAGUACAUUAAAGAGAAAAUCAGGACCAUUGACUCUCCAGAGAAAUACAUCAAUCUGUUCCACUGUCUGAAUGAACUGGGUGAUCAUUCACUCGUGGAGGAAAUACAACAGCAUCUGGAAUCUGGAAGAAUAAAUGCAGUCAAACUCUCUUCAUCUCAGUGGUCAGCUGUAGUCUUUGUGUUGUUGACAUCAGAGGAGAUGCUGGAUGAGUUUGAUCUCAGGAAGUUUGUUGGAGGAAACAAUGAAGCUGAAAAACUUAAUGUUCUUCAGAAGCUGCUGCCUCUGAUGAAAGAAUCCAGAUCAAUUCAGUUAGAGUGUAGUGAUCUCACAGAUGAAGGUUGUGCUGCUCUGGCUUCAGGUCUGAGAUCAAACCUCUCACAACUGAGAGUACUGAAUCUGUCCUGGAAUAAAAUUUCAAAUUCAGUGAAGUUUCUCUCUCCUGUACUGGAGGAUCCUCACUGUAAACUGGAGAUACUGAGGUUGCAUGAUUGUGGCGCCACAGAGGAAGGUUGUGCUGCUGUGGCUUCAGCUCUGAGAUCAAACCCCUCACACCUGAGAGAUCUGGAUCUAUCUAAGAAUGAACUAGGACAUUCAGUGAAGCUUCUCUCUGCUUUACUGGAGAACCCUUACUGUAAACUGGAGAUAUUGUGGUUGAUUCGUUGUGGUGUCACAGAUGAAGGUUGUGCUGCUCUGACUUCAGCUCUGAGAUCAAACCCCUCACACCUGAGAAAACUGAAUCUGUCUGAGAAUAAAAUAGGAGAAUCUGUGAAGCAUUUCUCAGCUCUACUGGAGGAUCCUCGCUGUAAACUGGAGAUACUUUGGUUGUGGAAUUGUGGCAUCACAGUUGAAGGUUGUGCUGCUCUGACUUCAGCUCUGAGAUCAAACCCCUCACACCUGAAAGAUCUGGAUCUGUCUGUGAAUAAACUAGGAAAUUCAGCUGUGAAGAUUCUCUCUGCUGUCCUAGAGGAUCCUCACUGUAAACUGGAGACACUGAGGUUGAAUGAUUGUGGAGUCACAGAUGAAGGUUGUGCUGCUCUGGCUUCAGCUCUGAGAUCAAACCCCUCACACCUGAGAUGUCUGAGUCUGUGUGGGAAUAAUCUAGGACAAUCAGGAGUGAAGUUGCUCUCUGAUCUGAAGGAUAUCCAAAUUAUAAAGUGAAGGAGCUAAAAUAUUGACUCUCAGUGUUUAGACGUCAGUCCAGUUUCCUCAGGAUCAGCUGAUGGUGAAUAAGGAGCUACAGAGACUGAAGACACAGAGACACACAGUGAUCACACUGACAUGAGUUUGAGACUUCACACCAGUUUCUUGUUUUUUUUGUUAGUUUUUUUUUUUUUGUUUUUUUGUUUGUUUGUUUUUUGGUGGGUCUGUUCUUUUGAUCUAUGUACAUCAUCAGAUUUACACUAUUACAGGAUUUGAUCUUACUAUAUAUUUUAAGACUCAAUUUAAUGCAUGAAAAUAAGGGCGUUUUCACACCUGUAGAUUGAUUGAUUGACUUAAUUUGUUACAAUGUUGCAUUUUCUUCUUGGUUUAGUUUGCUUUCACAAGGCAAUAUUUCAAAGCAUACAAUUUAUGCAAAUCACAUGUGUGUACAACUGUCCCCUUAUUGGUCAGAGUUUGCUCUGUGUCAUCCAUUAAAAUGAUUAACAAGUUUGCUUCAUGAGCAUAUUGUGGCUUGUACUGGUGAGACUCACGCCAGCACUACAAAUGUAGCCACCAUUCCCGAUGAUAAAUUAUGUCCUACAUUCGUACAAAUUCAAGCAUGAUCUCUCUGUAUCUCCCAGCGCUGUCUAAUAGACGAAGUGUGUAGACACAUGUAAACAGUAUAUGAAUGUUAUAAUGCAGCUAGAGCAGCUUUUUCUAUAGCGUUCUUACAUGGAGAAGCGCAAUUACACAACUUUUUUUUUUUUUUUCCUCCAUUUUAACAAGUUUGCCACCUGAUGUCACCUGUUGGAGUUUGUGUUCCUUGCCGCUGUUGCCUUUGGCUUGCUUUGUUGGGGACAUUUGACUUGACAUUUGAUAUUCAGCAGUCAUUUGGUCUGCCUGCACUGACACCAUUGUUUAAGAGCUGCUGUGCAGUCACAAUUACAUACCAGUUAUCAAUGUAAAGCUGCUUUGACACAAUCUGCAUUGUAAAAUGCGUUAUGUAAAUGUACCAGGUUCCGAAACAAAUGCUCAGGUGUGAAAACACCCUAAGUGCCUAAAAUCACUUUUGGCAAUUUGGAGUAGUUUUGGAUUUACUAGAUAAUCCAGUGCUUGAUUACAAUGUAGAUUGUAUACACCUCAGGAGUGUGACAAAAGUGACAAAACUAGUACUAGAACUUUGUAAUCAAAAAAUCAUAUAGCCUACACAGAGUAAUUAAAAUAUUUAUUAAGUAA